AUGGCAGAUUCUGAAGAGCCUAACGUUAUUUUUGGAGUCUUUUUGGUCAACUUUCACCAUUCAAAGGGCCCGGAAGUGGAAUAUUCAUAUGGUUUACCAGAGGGCUUAGAAGCAUCGAAAUUGUGGCCAUACCUGCCCUUCCAGGCUUUACCGGAUGGAUCGCACUCUUUUGAAGAGACAUUCACAUACUUCACGCUGGUCUAUAAUAAAGUUGAACGUUGUGGACCUCCAGCAGAAGGUGCGGCGACCAUUGCUUCGGACAAAAUCCAAGAUUAUACCACACUUUUUGCGAUAUCUUGCUCACGACAAAUCCGGACAGAAGAGCUUCUCUUGAAGGGCAAUGAUGUUACGCGAUCAACUGUGCAAAAGGCAAUUGUUGUCGUUGCACGGAAACCCAUUUUUGGCCAGAUCAAGGACAAACUCAGCAUAGUGACAAAUGCUUUUUUUUUGCAGCGCGAUUUCACGAAUAAGGCAAUUCUAGACACUCUUUAUUCAAACCUGAGCUCCAUGUUCAGCAUGUCUGUUGUCACAGAUGAAUCGCACAUGUACGUGGGAUUGUGCUUACGGCGCGUUGUACAUGAUUUUGGAAAGGACGUUUUGGUAAUUCUGAAAGCUAUCCUUCUGGAGCGUAAAGUUCUAUUCUAUGGAAGUGACGUUGAGGCUUUGUGCAACGUCCAAUUCGGUUUCAUCGGUCUUAUUCCCAAUCUUAUAUCACAUUUGCAAGAUUGUGGAUCACCCUCGCUGCAUAGCUAUUUUGACAACCUCAAAAUCGUAGACUCUUUUAAGUCUAGCGAUCGUCAAUCGGUAUUAACAUUUUUGGGUUUUCCUUUACAAGUAUUCGGAAAAGGAGGAUUGUUUUCACCUUAUAGCCCACUGCAACAGUUAGACGAUUUGGAAUCUACGCAAACUAAGCAUUUUGUCGCCGGAACUUCAAACUCGUUACUUCUAGAACAGAAAGAAAGAGUCUGUGAUGUCCUCGUAAACGUCAACACAUUUUCGGUGGAAAUGGUCAGUUCAAAUCGGUCUUUACACAGGGCUCUACAAUUGACUCCUUAUGAUAAAAAAUGGAUGGACUCCAUAGUUUCUGCAGUGGUGGAUACCUGGAAUGAGAACGACGCUGCAACCCCAAGAAAUUUACAAUUCGAAGGCAGCGAGGAUUUCCUCAGGUGGCAGUUUGAAGACUAUCUAACGGGUCUGGUAUCUAGCGAAAAGCUAAAAAUCUUUUUCGACAACAAUGAAAACAAUGAAAUGGCCAUGAAAUCUAUAUCCGAGGAUUGGUUAGGUUAUAGUCCGAUUGAUUUAUAUGGUGCCCGCUGGGUAGAUGAAUGGCGCAAAACUCAAAAUUAUCAUGCAUUCGAUGUCUCAACUGAUGAUAGAUUGUUCGAUCUAUUCCCGCCGAAGCAUGUUUCUAGUAUGGGUGAUGGGAACGCUAGUAUACAGCAAAGAUUAGGCAAGUCUUUUCAGGCUCUUAUACGAAAAGAUUCCUACAUUCAGGAUAAACAAGAGAGAACCGGAAAAGCAGCAUCUUUAGGAGCCACAGAUGAUUCCAAACAAAAACCGGCAAGCGAAGGUAUUAAGGAGAACGAGUGGGCAUCUUGGAAAGACUACUUCGGGAAAAAAAAGAGACUGAAAGAAAGGGAAGAUCCUUCGGCAGCGGUGCCCUCUACACAUACGAUAACCUCAGGUUCAACUCACGCAGCCAUUGGGAACGCACUUCUCAGCUUAGGCUUUCCGCGAAAUAUGACUGAUGACGAUUAUGAGGAGCUUGAGACUCCAAGCGGUACAAGUGGUCAACAAAGCGAAGCUGAAGAAGAGAGUCAUGAGCAGUCUCGUUCGUCGAGCACAAACCCAGAUAGGCAUUUACAGGAUGAUAAAUCUGAUACGGACAUCGGCGAAACGAAUGUUCGGGCUGAGUAA